AUGGUCUCACAACCCGAGUAUAACCACUCCUCCCUUGCCCUUCGCGGGCCUUCCUCCGUUGUCUCUUCUCGCUCCGCCUCCCGCCCACAUGCAUCGUCCCGCAGCAAGCGGUAUAACCGGUCGCACGCCGGCGGCGCUUCCUAUGUGCCUCAGAACGAGUUUCCUGUCUUCAGCUACUCCGGCGAUGUUGAGAUUAUAAUAGCUGCCGGUGGAAGGGAGAAUCGGUACUUGCUGCACAGGCAUACCUUGACGAGAUGCUCGGGCUUCUUCGAGGCGAGCACCAGCCAGGAAUGGUCCAAAGCUACUGUGCUACCACCACUCCCGGAACCAUCGUCCAGAGAGCUGUCAAGGAUUGGAGAGGACACCGGCAGUACCACCGAGAGUGAGGUAGCUACUAGACAGGGCGCGACAUCACCCAUACCGAGGAGGCGAUGGCGUUACGAGCUAGACGCAGGCGUGGAUAGAGACGACAUACCAAUGCUGGUGCAGAGGGAAGCUAAUGCAAGCAAUCAAACAAAUAAUCAAAAACCAUCUGCGACCUCAACCUCACUCUUCGGCGGUGGAAAUAAUUCAUCUAGUUUGAACGUACCGCGAAAUAAAGGAGACCACUCACGCAUGCACUCGACGAAUUCCUUCUUCCGUUCCGUCGCGAACCUAUCACUUUCAGCCCCGAAACCAGAAUCUCAAAUCGCGCAACCUCUCUCGCAGAUCGAUGCCGACUUAUUGCGCGAUUAUGACAACCUUUUCCGCAUCUUUUACAACUACCCACCAGUGCUCGACUCCAUCAGCAUACCCGAUGCCUACGUUCAGUGCAAAUCGCUGCUGAGGCUCGCAGAUCAAUACGAUGCUCUCGCUGUUGUUGGGCCUCGGGUCGAUCAUCAUCUCCUGCAGUUUCAAGGCCGGCUAUGGAAGCAGAUUGCAAGAUACCCGGUCAGCUAUCUACGUCUGGGAUAUCUCAGUCGUAGCAAAGUCAUUUUUCAAGAGGCGUUGAUUCACAUUGUCGGGCAGUGGCCGGCUAACGAGCAUACCAUUCGCACCUCAUUUCCGGAGAUUGUGUUAGAUAUCAUUGAAGACAAGGUAGAGGAACUCGAGGAAACUGUCAGCCGUACCGAGGGUCAGUUAUUCAGACUCAGUCUCACAACCUCUCGCGGUGAGCGCGUAAGCCCACAGAAUUCGUACCUUGACUGGCUUGCCGUGUCUCUAUUCCGGCAGUGGCUAGCCGAUAGCACAAGUCCGCCGCCCAUACCUCCUCCACCAGUCCGGCAGUCAUCCUCUUCAUUUAGUUCAAGACACCAUGCUUCAAGCCAUUCUACCCGUGACGCUGGCGGGAGAGCCCCGCCGCCAUCAACGGUUAAUACGACUUUAGGUAGAGCAACUGUCCCCACGCUAGAGAACGUCGGUCGUACAUAUCGUACGCUAGGAUCAGCAACGGGCGCUGGAUAUUUGGGCCACGAUGAGUGCAAGCGUUUCCUCAAACUCACGCCCGAACUGUACACGCGCGAUAAUCUAAGGCGAUUCGAGAAGCGCAUCGACGAGCUCAAAUGCGCGGCACGAGAGGUCGUCCGCCCCCUCAUGGGAACCAGGCUGGAGCUCGAACUCGAUAGGGUCGUGAACGGCACGGCCGGACCUGCUGCUGGCACAACGAACUAUCUCACCUGUAUCGAGGUGCAGGGAAGAGAUCUACCCUGGAACUCCGAGGAAUAA